CGCCCGUCAGACCUGUUAUUCGCAAUGAUAUGAUUAUAUUUUUACAACUAUUUAAUUUAAUAUAAUUAUAAUUUUUUUAAGUGGAAUUUUUUUAAAAUAAUUUUUUAUUUUCGGCGUCGUUGUUUUUUGUACUGAGGAACAAAAAAAAAAUACCCAAAUAAUAAUAAUUUAUUUCGUUCCUUUCUAAAAAUAAUAUAGUAUUAUAGGCUGGUAUUAAAAACUAUGGACUCUGGUGGGAAUACAAGUGCUUCGAAUGAUAAAAGAAACGAAAACAACGCAAACAGUCCGUUAACGGUAAGUGCGUGCGACACUACUAUGCCGACUGUUACCGCCGAUACCACCACGACUUCCCAGAGAGACAUGUUAACAGAUCUCUUGAUGAAAGGCCAAGUGUCCUGUGUGGUUUGUUUUGACAAAACGUCAAGCAACGAGUCGAUAUGGAGCUGUCGUAAAUGCUAUCAAAUUUUCCACAUGAAAUGUAUUAUAGAAUGGUACUGCAAAUCGAAUAAUGGAUCACAUUGGAGGUGUCCGGCUUGUCAAAGUGAAGUAAAUGGAAAUCCAGUGUACAUAUGUUUUUGCGGUAAUUUAUUGAAUCCGUUUUCAAUUAACGCUGAUGUUCCACAUUCUUGCGGCCAAAUUUGCGGUAGGAAAAAAAAGAACUCAAACAAAACACAUCACUGUCAUCACAAGUGUACAUUACUGUGUCAUCCAGGGCCGUGUCCUCCGUGUAAAGUACAAGUACAAAGAAGUUGUGUGUGUGGAAAGACCAAAGUCUACGUUGAAUGCGGUGCGUCAGACCCGGUGAAUUGUCAGAAUAUUUGCUCCAAACAGUUGAAUUGCAAAAAUCACAUUUGUGAGAGAAUAUGCCAUGCUGGUGACUGCUCGCCGUGUUAUAAGGGCUGUAAUUUAGGACUCGACACUUAUAGUUUUCGCCGUUCACCUAUUGUUAUUUCGUCGGGAGACGAUAGAAGCGACGACGAAGUGAGUUUGGAAGAUCAAGAAAUGGACGACUCUAACGUCGUCGGUUCCGUUGUAAUAUCUAGGAUUAGAGGGAGAAUAGGCAUAAUGAUUGCAACUGAUACCGAGGAGGAAGACGGCGACGAGGAGGAACCCGAUACCGAGGAAAAUGAUGAUGUGGUCAGCGAAGAAGACACUGAUAGCGAAUCGGAAAACGUCAACGAUGUCGAAGCAGAAACAAACAGCGACGAGGACGAAGACGACGACGACGAAGAAGAAAUAAGCGACGAGGAAUGUGAAAGUGAUAGCGAACAAAACCAACAUUCUAUUGAAAGCGACGUCUAUAGCGACCAAGAGAGCGUAAGCGACCAAGAGAGCGUAAGCGACCAAGAGAGCGUAAGCGAUCAAGAGAGCGUAAGCGACCAAGAGAGCGUAAGCGAUCAAGAGAGCGUAAGCGAUCAAGAUAGUGUAAGCGAAGAUAGCGAUGGUAGACCAAUGUAUAGCCCACAUAGAGAGCCAAGUCUAAUCUGUUAUUCAAGCGAUUCGGAUUAUUCUUAACUAUAUUAAAUUAUAAUUGUUAUUUAUUUCUAGUGCUAACGUUAAUUUGUAAUUUUUUUUUUGAUAAAUUUUCUAUAAUCAAUACAUUUUUAUAUUAUAUAAAUAUUAUUAUUAUCUUAACGAUUAUAAUAAUAUUAUGAUCAAUUAUAUUUUUCUACUAUAUAUUUAUAUAUUUUGAGAGGAGUCUCAAGUGUAUGGUUAACGUCUGAUCUCGAAAGACUGAUUCAGAAAACUUUUGGAAUCCUAACAACCAACUAGUUCAUACAAUUUUAACACUGAGUGGUCAAACGCCGGAUUUUAGGUUAAAAUGUAUGUAUAUUCGUAUGGUUAUAAACAAUAUUUAAAAUAAAAAAUGCUAUUGUGCUAUUUAAA